AUGUACUAUGCGGUCUUUCUAUUUGAACAGGCUGGAAUCAGUUCAACUCGUGGCUCCUUGUUAGCGAAUGGCAUCCAAGGAGCGGUACUGAACAUUUUCACUUGGCCAAAUAUGUACUGGAUGGAUACCUGGGGUCGUCGGACUCCGAUGGUUAUCGGUGGCUUUGGCAUGGGCAUCGCCAUGAUGCUUAUCGGAACAAUCAUGAAAACUAAAGGGAACCCGAUCUACAAUCCGCUCACGAAGAAAACCAACUUCGAUUUCAGUAGCCAAACUGCGUCAAAUGCCACUAUUGCAUUUGUUUAUGUUUAUGUUAUGGUUUUUGGUCUGACAUGGGCCUGCGUUGCUUGGGUUUAUCCCCCUGAACUAUUCACCACAGGCUCUCGCGGACGAGGAACAUCUAUGACUUCGGCAACAAAUUGGUUUGUGGAGACGGCAGGGAAAAGCCUGGAGGAGGUGGACUUCCUAUUUUCUAAAGAUAGGACCGUUUGGGUCUUCCAAGAUCGACAGGCUCGUAAAGUUGGAGCCAUUUUUGAACGUGACAUGGCCCACGGGGAAGCGCUCACUGACUUCGAUGGCAAGAUUGCAGGGACUUCUCAUGUCGACAAUGUAGAGUACGAGACACAGUUAGCUACUUCACAUGUAGGAGCGGCGUAG